AUGUCUGCUCAGGCUGCUCUUUUAAGCCUUAGAAGCUUCAAUUUAUUCUCUGGAUGGCCCGAAGUGGCAUCGAUGACCAAGGACGAGUUUGACGAUUAUCUCGCCGCAAGAGGUCUCUUCUGGAAAAAUUGUCCUUGUCCGAACUGUCAUGAACCGAGACGCAUCACUCAUGAGAUCAGUGAGAGUGGUGAACCCAUUCGAUUCAAGUUCGAAUGUAACAAAAGAAAAUGCAAAGCUUCACGCCUUUUCGUCAAAGUAGGCCUGUUGAAAGACACAUUUUUCGAAGGUCUACACUGCGAUCGCAAAAAGCGUUUCCUUUUCUCCUUCCUCUACGUCACCUCUUCCAUGAAAGUCGAGGAAAUGGCACGUAAUGUUGAGGUAGACCCAAACACAUGCGUGCAAUGGGGUCAAUGGAUUCGUGAUGUGAUGGCCGAGAACUUCAACAAUCCAACCAUCCAAAUCGGGGGAGUCGGUACCAUUGUGCAAAUUGAUGAAACAAAUAUUGUCAAGAGGAAACACAAUAUUUUCAAACAACUUUGA